AUGGCCAACAACAGUGAUGCCGGUGCACCACCGCCUCUCACCACCGACAGCCAACUGCAAGUCGGCAUCGAGAUCGAAUUCGUCGCGCCGCCCGACACCGCCUGGGACGCCGCGCACCUCCGCGGGCUCGACCGCCGGGACCGCACCAGCCUAUCCCAGGACGCCUGCCUGCACCGCCUCGCCGGCUCCCUCCACGCCGCCGGCCUCCCGGCCUGCUACCAGAUAACCACCACGCCGCUGCAGUGCCCACGCCGCAACCCGCUGCGCGACGCCACCCCGCCCGACGCCGUCGUCGUCCUUGCCGGCGGCCUCACCAAAUGCCCCCCGUACCGGCGCUGGAUCGCCUGCGAGCUCAACUCGCCCAUUCUAUCCGAGGCGGACGUGUUCACCACCGGGCUGCCACCCCUCGGCGCCGCGCUGACAGCCCUCCACGGUGCCGACAUCUCGGGCCCGCCGCACAUCAGUCUCUGCUACUGCGGCCUGCACGUCCACCUGUCGCCCGACGUCCCCGGCGGCUGCACCGUCGCCUACGCGCAGCGCCUGCUGACGCUCGCGCUGCUCCUCGACCAGCCGCUCCUGCAGCCUCUAUGCGACCCGCCCCGGUUCGGCUCGCUGCGCCCGUUUCCCUAUUCCGCCAUGUUCGGGGCGGACUUUGUCCCCCGCGCGUCGUCGUCCCGGCGGCGGCAGCGGUCGUCCCUGCUCUUCUCGUCGCGCGCCCGCGCGCACCUCCCGUCCUCCUUCGCGGCGGCCGAGGCCCGCGUGCUCGCGCUGAUCUGGCGCGACGACGCCACGUGGGACGACCUGCGGCAGGUCCUCGAGCACCGCCGCCCGGGGGCCGACCCGCUGAGCGUCGCGCCGGUGCUGUGCAAGCACAUGCCGGCCCUCGGCGGCGGCGGUCGCGCGAACACCACGGUCGAGUUUCGGCACGCGCAGACGUCCUUCUCGCACCGGUUCGUGCGGGAGUGGACGCGGCUGGUGCUGGCUAUCGGUCGCGUGGCGCUGCUGCCGGUGGACGACUACCGCCGGGCGCUGACGAGCAUGUGGGAGGCGGCGGGGAGGGGCCAAGGGAGGGGCGAGGGCGUCAGCAUGGCGGUGCUGCGGGAGCUGAGCGACGCGGCCGAGGAGGCGGGCAUGCCGGGUGGCGGACUGGACCUGGCGUACUGGACGAUCAGGUACGCCGAAAUGAGGACCUUCCGGAACCCGGACAUUGACCAGGAAUCAAAGGCAGUCUUGGACGAGGACGGGUUGAUCGUGUGA